UCAAAAAUACGUCUCCAGAAGAGCAGCACGUGCGGACAAGACUUCCUUGCAAGACUAAACUCUGCAAGUCACCGUGGCGAUCGGAAACUUAAACUUUAUCCUUGGCUCAAAUGUUAGAUUUCUUACAGUUGCAAACACUGUCUCAUCAACUACAUCGUUAGGUGCUGUAGCUAGCCAGUUUAGGUUCAAAGCCAAACCUAAGGACUCUACUCUACUCUACUCUAAAAGAUGUCUAAGGAAGAACGGGAAGAGUAUGAGCAGCUGAUGCAGGAAAACGCACACUUGGAGGAACAGGUGGACAUCAAGCAGGCGGUCAUCCGGCAGCUGAUAACAGACAUACACACGCUGUCACAGGAGGUUGAGGCCAUGUACCUGCAGCAGAAGUGGAACACUACUGACAGGGGGCAGACUCACCCUUCCCCCGGGCAGGAAGCAGCUAGAAUCUGUCAGCAGCUGCAGCACAACCCACAGCUGUUUGAAGAUGUGUUAUCAAGAUUAAACCAGAGAACGGCUCAGUUGACGUCACAAGCUGCUGCUCUGAAGGGUGAGCUGCAAAAGUACAGUAAAACGUGAUGUUGUGGGCUUUCAUCAGAAGAUGGAGAUGGCAGGCCAGGGGCAAGAUGCAGCCGACAGAGCAGAGCAAGCUCCCUUCCCCAUACGGCUGUAGCAAGGAUACUCUGCGGCUCUUUUUCAUGACAGAAUAUGGGCCUGAAGUUCUAUAACCAUUACAUGAGUUGUAUGCCAGGUUACUUACAUUUGCGGGUAUCCCACUGGGUCUAAACAAAGAAAUAUCUCUUUAAGACGUAUUGUGGUUUGCUAGGCCGCAAUCCAUGUAACAUCCAUGUACCUUGUAAGACACUUGGUACCAAGAGGCUGUCCAAGUCAUUGUUACUCUUUCAACCUGAGUGUUGGGACAACAAGUGAGGAUUUUUGUACCCUUAGUGAUGUGCUUCGAGCGGAUCAAGAGUACUAAAAUAUUCUGAAAGUAGAUACUCAUGAUUCCCCGAAUUUGAAGUGAAGUGUGUUGGACUCAGAAAACUACUUCAUAAUUCACAGAAACAAUGUGGAAAUCUUUAACAUGUGCAUAUCUUUUUAUUAUAGAUUAAAAGCAUGUACAAGUUACAGUAUUCAUAUUCCACUUUUUUGUUAGUAGCAUGCACAAAAUAUUAGUUACCUGACAGACAAUCGCAAAAGCAUUGUGCUAUUGUACCAGCAAUAGAACACAUACAUCAUGGUACCUAACCUUACUUUUGACUUGGUAUAUAUCAAUGCCUUGCACAUUUAAAAUUAAUGAUUUCAUGACAAAACAAGGAAGACUAACAUUUGUAGAUCCUAAGAAAGUUGUCCGAA